AGGGUGAACGACUGGAAGCUUUGCGCAGGUCGACCUGCAGCACUUUAGUUUCUAGAAUAUUUUUGCAGCUUGUCUAUUUAUUUUCUUCUUCUCUGGCUUUUUGUUGUUGUUGUUGUUGUUGUUGUUCCCAGAAGCCAGCAUGUCGUCACACCUGAGAAAAUUAGUCUUGCGCGUGGACUGUGUGGAGGGCUGAGGCGUUUACCUGACUUUAGGAGACUUUCUAGUUUCAAUUAGGUGAGGAUAAUUAGUAAGAAAAAUACAUUUUAUUAAAUCUGUGCCAGAUGGAGUCCGCACCCAUCCCGGGACAGAACCCGGUGGAGUUGGAGUUCACACAGGAGAACAUUGAGACGGCUCUCUACCAGCUGUACUUCGACCCGGACAUGGAGCGUAAGAACGUAGCUCAGAAGUGGUUGACCCAAGCCCAGGCCUCAGCACAGGCAUGGCAGUUCUGCUGGGCCCUGCUCAGCCCUGACAAGAUCCCGGAGGUUCAGUUUUUCGGUGCCAGCACUCUCCACAUCAAGAUCUGCCGUCACUGGGGCGACCUUCCCGCAGACCAGCAUGAGGACCUUAGGAUGCAACUUCUUUCCCACAUCUUAUGCUUCUCCUCUGGUCCUAAAAUGGUGCUCACUCGACUGUGUGUGGCGCUGGCCUCGAUGGCUCUUAACCUCAUCCCCCAGGCGUGGUCUGAGCCGGUGGCAGACAUGGUGAGAGCAUUCCAACCUCAGAAACCGGACUCUCAAGACAAUCCUGGUGCCAAGGCUUCUCAGGACCCCCAUGCACAUUGCCUUGCUCUCCUGGAGCUCCUCACCGUACUUCCAGAGGAGUUUCAAAGCGGCCGUCUGGCCCGAGCCCGUCGCACCCAGCUGAGGGAAGCCCUGGCCGGGGAGUGGGCCGUGGUGUGUGGCAUGCUCCGACAGCUCCUACAAAGUCAGGAUUCGUCCGUUCAGGUGAAGGAGAAAGUUCUCCGCUGCCUCUCCAGCUGGGUGGGGCUGGAUGUGCCGCUGGGGGAAAGCCAGGAAUUGGUCCAGGACUGUUUUGCGGCGUUGUCCGACCCAGGGUUGUUCGACACCGCAGUGGAGACGAUAGUUACUGCCAUCACACAACCGGAUUGUCAGAGGUUCGCUAACGUUCUGCUGAGCCUGAUGCCUAUGGUGCUGGGCCUUUACGACCAGUUGAAGACAGCAGUUCAGGACGGGGACAUGGAGACCACCCACGGUAUCUGUCGCAUUGCCGUCGCUUUGGGGGAAACGCACUCAAGGGUUUUGCUGGAACAACUGGACCACUGGCAGGAGUAUCUGGCUUUGGUGAACAUGAUUCUGUUCUGUACGGGGAUCCCUGGACACUACCCGGUUAAUGAGACCACGAGCUCCCUGACACUCACCUUCUGGUACACGCUGCAGGAUGACAUUUUAUCUUUUGAGGAAGAGAAGCAGGCAGUUUACCUGCAGGUCUACAAACCGGUUUACUUCCAGCUGGUGGACGUGUUGCUGCUCAAAUCCCACUAUCCCUCCCAAGAGGAAUACGCCUCCUGGUCUUCUGAUGACAAAGAGCAGUUUCGAAUUUACAGGGUGGACAUCUCAGAUACUCUAAUGUAUGUGUAUGAAAUGCUGGGAGCGGAGCUGCUUAGUAACCUCUAUGACAGGCUGGGCAGGCUGCUCAUGGACCCCCAACAGUCAGCGGUGUGGCAGGACAUCGAAGCGCUGCUGUUCGGCUUCCAGUCUAUAGCCGAGACCAUCGACGUGAACUACUCUGAUGUUAUUCCUGGUCUCAUCGGUCUGAUCCCUAGAAUCAACAUCAGCAACGUGAUGCUGGCCGACACCGUCAUGUACACCAUAGGGUCACUGGCUGAGUGGCUGGCGGACCACCCGGUGAUGCUGGGUGGCAUAUUACCCAUGGUGCUGCGAGGCCUUGUGAAGGCGGAACUGUCCGUCUCCAGCAUCUCCACACUCAAGCGGAUCUGCAGGGAGUGCCGGCAGGACCUGGCGCCGUACGCUCAGGACAUCCUCACCGUGUCUCAGGACGUGCUGGUGAAAGAAAUCCAUGAGAGCAGCCAGUGCAUGUGGCUGAUGCAGGCCCUGGGUUUCCUGCUGUCAGCCCUGCCAGCAGAGGAAAUUUUAGGCAGACUGCACUCACUCAUCAGCCCUCACAUUCAGCAGCUGGACUCACUGGUUCGGCUGGAGCCUGACCCUGCCACUAAGCAAGGCAUCAUGUCCAUCCUGGGUUUGCUGUCCAGCCUGUUUACCACCCUGGAUGUCAACAGGCAUGCGGAUGGCUUAGACGAAGAAGACGCCAGCCCCAGACUCACAGCUGCACAGAGCAUCCAAAACCCAGUUGUGGUUGUGCUGCAGCAAGUGUUCCCUUUAAUCCAGACCAUCAUUAGCAAAUGGCUUCACGACUCGGAAGUAGUUGAGGGAGUGUGCGGGGUCUUUGAUAAAUCAGUCCGGACCCUGCUGCACGACUUUGGCCCCAUGGUGGCUCAGCUGAGUGAGAUGCUGGGACAGAUCUACAGCACUUACCCACAAGCCCCUGCCCUGGACCUGACUCGUCAGAUGGUGCACAUCUUUGCUGGAGAGGAGCAGCACAUGUCGGACGUCAGGAGUCUUGUGGAAGUGCUGACCUCAACCACACUGUCUGUAUUCCAGCAAGGUCCAAGGGAUCAUCCUGACAUCGCAGAGUCGUUCAUGAACCUCCACGCUCAGGUCCUGAAAAGGAGUCCAGAUUUGUACCCGUCGACCCAACUGGAUGUCAAAGCUCUGUUUUACUCAGGGAUUCUGUCCAUCAAGUUCCCAGAGACGCCCACUGUUAAAGCAGCCUGCCUAUUCUUUACGGACUUUCUGAGUCGCUGCAAGGACAUGCCAGCUCUGAACGACGUGCUGCAGACGGAUGGAAAGAUCCUGACAGAGACGGUGCUGCAGGCAGUCGGAGGCGGUUCUUCACGCAGCCUGGCAGAGAACUUCUCCGAGGUUCUGCUCAGUCUGAACAGACACAGUCCGGCUCUGCUGUCUCAGUGGCUCACAGAAACCCUGCAGACCCCCGGGUUCCCAUCGGCCCAUGUGACGACGGAGCAGAAGCACACCUUCUCUCAGCAGAUCCUGAGGGAACAAACAAACAAGCGUCGCGUUAAGGAGACGGUGAAGGAGUUCUCUCUGCUCUGCAGGGGGCUGCAGGGGGCCGGCUUCUCUGAAUGCUAGCCGUCGGCAGAACAACCCGGAACAGGACGAUCCACUCAGGACGAGACACUGGAAAACAGAAAAAACACUUGGACACGACAACACAGACGCAUUCGGAGGACGGUUAAGCACAUCUGAGUCACUGUGGGACAUGUUUUUAAUAAAAUAGUUGUCAGAAAGUGUCACAGUGCCAUGAAUGUACAUUUACUGGAAAAAAAAAAAAAAAAAAAAAAAAACAACACUGAUUAAACCAAUCUGUUGUCACAGGUGAA